AUAUCGUUUCAUAGUGUAAAUUUAAUUAUGUAUUUACAUAUUUAUAAUUCUUUAAUUACACUUAAAGACAGUUAGGGAUUACUAUGCAUUUUAGAAAUUCAAAAAAAGGUCUAAUUUACAUGUUUCGACAGAAUUGUCGAUUUUUAUCUGUGCAUCAAAGUAUUAAGUGUAACAACAGUGACAAUUUAACUAAAUUUUACAAUACGAAUUUCAAUCAAUUCUCUUGCUCUCCCAUUUCGAAAUGCUUUCCUCGAACAAUUUUAUGCAGCACACAUAUACCAGCAUUGCAAAGAAGAGAUAUAUCCAGUAAUGUAUCGGAUAUUAAAAAUGUUAAUGGAUCAACGCUUGAUUCACCUAUAUUUGAAGAAGCUGUGGAUUUGGCAGUGCCAACUCUAUCAAAAUUUGUAAAAUUUGUAUCAGAUUCGAAAAUAGUUGAAUUAACGCAAUCAUCGCUUUUAAAAGUACAUGAAAUAACUGGUUUACCAUGGUGGGCGUCCAUAGUAGUUACAUCAUUCGCUGCCAGAAUUAUUGUUACUUUACCUCUUCAUAUAAGUCAGAUACGUAAUGCAGCGAAGCUAGAAAUUAUUCAAGUAGAAAUGAAAGAUACUGCGCAAAGGUUACAGAUGGAAGCGGUGUACUUGUCUCGGCAUAACAAUUGGCCAGAAAGUUGGGCAAAAGCAAAUUAUUAUUCAAAAAUAAGGGAAGAAUACAACAAUUUAAUAAUAAGGGAUAACUGUCAUCCUGCAAAAAAUUUUAUUCUCCUAUUAAUACAAAUUCCAAUGUGGGUUGCAUUUUCAUUUUCUACAAGAAACUUAUGCUUCAUGCUUCCUGUACCAGACACUUAUGCUCAACUAACUUAUUUGGAGUUGACAGUCGGUGGCUUUGGUUGGGUUAAAAAUCUUACAAGUGUAGACAAUUACUUGAUUCUACCAUGCACCAUAGGAUUAUUAAAUUUAUCUCUUUUAGAAAUUCAUCGAUUAUUUAAACCAAAAAAACAAAUGAAAUUUGAAAAAUGGAUUAAAAUACUUCUUCGAAUUUUAAUUGUAACGACAGCAUAUUUCGCUACAUAUUUGCCCGCGGCAACAAACAUUUAUUGGAUGAGUAGCAGCUUGUAUGGGCUGAUUCAAGUCUUCAUUACAAACUCAACACGCUUACGACGUUUAUGUAAAAUACCAAUUGUUCAAUCUGAGUCCAAGCAUCCGUAUAAAUUCUUUUACAACAAUCUGAGAGCAAAGCUAUUGAAUAAGGCAGUGAAAGAAUAGUUUCAAUAAUUUCAC